CUGGGGAGAGGUUGCGCAUGCGCCGGGAGGUCUGCGAUGAGGGGUCCGAGCGGUUAGAGGCAGUGGAAACAGAAGACAACAUUUCUCCAGCUGUGGCCCCUCAAUCUUCAAAGAUGGCGAAUGGCAUCACUGACACAGGGGAGCUCUACUCUCCUUAUGUCGGUCUGGUUUACAUGUUCAACCUUAUCGUUGGGACGGGAGCCCUCACCAUGCCCAAGGCCUUUGCGACUGCUGGAUGGCUCGUCAGCCUCAUUCUCUUAAUGUUCCUGGGCUUCAUGAGCUAUAUGACCACAACCUUUGUGGUGGAGGCCAUGGCUGCUGCAAAUGCCCAGCUCCGUUGGAAGAGAAUGGAGAAGCGCAAGGAAGACGACGAGGAUGAGGAUUCUUCCUCUGGGGUUUCGGAUAGUGACGUUCUCCUCCAAGAUGGCUACGAACGAUCAGAGACGCGACCUAUCCUGUCAGUUCAGAGACGUGGCUCACCCAACAUCUUUGAAAUCGCAGAGAGGGUGGAAAUGGGCCAGAUGGCCUCCAUGUUCUUCAAUAAAGUUGGUGUGAACUUGUUCUACUUCUGUAUCAUCAUAUACCUCUACGGGGACCUGGCAAUCUAUGCAGCGGCCGUACCAGUCUCUCUCAUGCAGGUGACCUGUAGUAUGACUGGCAACCACUCCUGCAGCGUUGGAGAUGGCACAAAGUAUAACGAUACGGACAAAUGCUGGGGCCCCAUCAGGCGGAUCGAUGCUUACCGACUCUAUCUGGCAGCAUUUACUCUCCUGCUGGGUCCUUUCACCUUCUUUAAUGUUCAGAAGACCAAGUAUCUUCAAAUCAUGACGUCCUUGAUGAGGUGGAUAGCAUUCAUCAUCAUGAUUAUUCUAGCCCUAAUCCGCAUCAGCAAGGGCCAGGCAGAAGGUCACCCAUCUAUGGCAAACCUCUCGGGGAUCCAAAAUCUCUUCGGGGUGUGUGUCUACUCCUUCAUGUGUCAGCACUCUUUGCCAUCGCUCAUCACUCCAAUCUCCAAGAAGAAGCAUGUGAACAAGCUUGUGCUGCUCGAUUAUGUCUUAAUUCUGGGUUUCUACAGCCUCCUGUCCUUCACCGCUAUCUACUGCUUCCGCAAUGAGACCCUUAUGGACAUGUACACACUCAACUUCACCAACUGUGACAUCAUCAACAUUGCCUUCAUUCGCUACUUCCUGGGUCUUUUCCCUGUCUUCACCAUUAGCACCAACUUCCCAAUCAUCGCUGUGACACUGCGGAACAACUGGAAGACCCUCUUCCACCGGGAAGGUGGGACAUAUCCGUGGCUGGUAGACAGGAUUGUCUUUCCGGCAAUCACUCUGAUUCCCCCUGUGGUGGUGGCUUUCUUCACCCAUGACUUGGAGUCCUUGGUGGGUAUCACUGGGGCUUAUGCUGGCAAUGGGAUCCAGUACAUCAUUCCAGCUUUCUUGGCAUACUGUAGUCGAAAGGAUACUCAGUUGGUCUUUGGCAGUGGUACAGUCAACAAGCAUCUGUCCCCUUUCCGGCACACCUGCUGGAUCGGGUUUGUGCUGGUCUGGGGUUUUUCUUGUUUAGUGUUUGUGACUGCAAAUAUAAUCCUGAGUGAGCCAAAACUCUGAUGGGGCAGUCGCACUCUCCUCCCCAGGGUCCUGUAGGGGAUUCCAAGAUUUCAACUCUCACUGUAAGACUCAGGUUAGUGUAGGGGAGGACAGAAAACCAAGUCUUUCUAAGCAAUCAGCUUGUCAAUUCAGGUUUGAUAUGGACUCAAGGAUUUCCUUUACACCGUUACGGUCACAGGUGACUUGCUCAACUACUUUGAAUUCUGAUCUGCAGACUCGGUAUAUGAAGCCAUGGGCCUGCGCUCUUGGGAGGCCGCAUGGUAAAAGAGCGUCUGACCAUUUCUGCCUUGAGCUCUGGUACAGAGCAUCUUCUUCUCCAUCCAGGAUUAGCCCCCUUAGUGCUGUGGACUUCAACAGGAGGCUGUUCCUCCUUCACCUGCUCCUCUUGAGAACAGAGUGAGUCUCUCUGCCAGAAGUGGGGAACCAAGAGAGCUGCUAACAGAAUCUGAUGGCAGGCCCACUGUGUUAGCAGAGUCCCCCUCCAUCCCACUGAAGUUGCAGACUUUUGCCUACACUAACAGCUAUCUUAGUGUCGUGGUGGGGAAAAUGGUGAUCAGUUGGCCUUCUCUGAGUAAGAAUGGGGAGAGGAUAGAGGAAGGGGCAGUGGUCGUCUUGGAUGUGACGACUAGGCUGGUUACCGAUUUGUUCUCCAUUUGUUACUCCCUUGGCCUUUUUAUUUGUCCUGUGCUCUAUGGAGUGCAUGCGUAGACUCAAUGGGUCUGGGUUAGUUUUUAUCUGUUAUUAGUGUUCGCUACUAGCGGUUUUCCGGUUGUCUUCUAACAAUCCCUUUGGAGGCCAAACUAGCUGCUUAAAGCUCUGACUCCCAGCUUCUUUCCCCCUUCAUUACUACCCCUCAGCUACCCAUGGUGGAUGCCAGCGCACUAAUUGGGCAGGCCCCACUCGUGCUGGAUGGCCAUAUUCCUCAGCAGAGGAGUUAAAGCGGAAAGCCUGUCUUUCCCCAGCUCUUUGGCACUGCUAAGUGGCCUCAGCUGCCAGAGCAGACCUGCCUUUCACAAGAGCACUGGUGCAAUAGGGCAGACCCCGUCUGCAAUGGUCAGGAUCCCUGUGUGCCGGGAGGUGCUAAUUACCCCUUCGUGCUGCGCAUUAGACCUGCAAGAGCUCUUGCUGUGCAUCCUGCCGCAUUUCCAGUCUCCAGCGCUGGGUAAUUAGCCUCAAAAGGAGCUGGGUGUUAAUUCAAGAGGAGAAAGCUGGUGCCAAGUGGAGAAUGCAACAUUGUGCUGCUUACUGUGCCUGUUUCAUUGUUGAGAGAGAGCUUGCUGGUAUUAAGACGGGGAGAGAGGGUAAGAUAGACUAGGUGUCCCAAAAGCCAUCAUCCUACUUUUAAAGCUGUCCCCGUGCUUCAGGUUGAGAGUGUUUCUUGUAGCUGCUUUUGAGAUAGGGUUUGAGUUAUUCACCCUCCAAAAACUCAGUACAGACGUCUCCAAGAUCGGAGGCUGAUGAAUGCUUCGGUGCCUGCUGGUGAGCUGCCUGUUUUAUUGGACAGUGUGGCUUGCCCUCUUGAUCUGAGGCUGCUACUGGCCUCUAACACUACAAAGUGACUUACGGUUUUGACUUCAGCAGCCUGAGGAUCUUGGUUAAAGGUCAUAAAAGCUUUAAUAAUAGAAGGAAGAACUAUCACUUUUGAAACAUUUUUAACCUGAAAUAUUUUAAAGCCCCCUUCCUCCCCCUCUCCACCCCAUGGUAUUAAACCAAGUUGAAAGCUGGCUGCCAAGCUUGGGUAAUACCGAUGCUUGCCCCCUGUACUGCUGCUAUAUUAAAUGUCACUUUUCACCAACAGUGAGCUCUGAAAUGCAAGCUCUUCUUAAUCAAGUGUUAUUUUUCAAGUACAAUUUCCUAGCUUCCCCAUAACCUGAAGCACUUCCUGCCAUGGGAAUAUUCAAGUGGUUGGGGCUGCAGAAAAGCACUAGGGUUUGUUUUUUUUUUUUUUCCUUCAGCAAAAAAUAAAAAUAUCCUUCAGCCCUGAGACAUGAAGAUGUCCUUGAUGCACUACAUAAAGCAGGAUCUGCUGAUGGGGCAGGGGGAGUCUGUGGCAAUCCAAUAAACCUGACUGUCCCUUACCUCCAGAUGGCUCAUAAACUUAGUUUGGCAGCCCUUACUGGUGCAUUGGGUAGGUACCUGGAUGGCUCCGACUGCUACAAAAAAAGCUGCUGUGGCUCCUUCAGGGCCAGGUUACUGAGUGGUUGGAGAGAGGGUAUUGCUGAGGUCAGAGUCCUAUUCUGGGUUAAGAGGAUGAAAGCACAUACGUCAGCUUGGAGGUCAAAGGCACGGUACAGCCAGGUCUGAAGCCCCUUGCUCAGUUUGCUCGUUCUUGUGGCUUGUACGAAGUCUGAAAGUCAGGGAUGGGAUAGAUCACAGGCACUGUUGUAGGGCAGGCUGGGCCAUCCUGUUCUUAUAUGCUCAGGGCUGGCCAAGGAAGUGAUAGCUUUUGUAUAUGGCUAGUGACCAAAAUGAUCCCAUGAAAUAAGUAAACGCACUAGGUGGCAUAAGGCCCCUCUUGGUGCGGGGACAGCUGGCCUCUCUCAGGCUCCAAGGCCUGUUCCUUGAGUCAACAAGCUGAGUCUCUCGCAUUGUAUCUUGCUGACAGCACCAGGACACACUACAUCCUCAAGUGUCUGAGCAAAUGGAUAAACUUCAUUCUUGCUUUCCUCUGCUUCCAGGGCUGUCAAAUGCUCAGAGCCUCUCUUUCCACCCCCCCUACACACACACACGCACACAGUCUUGGGCCUGGACAACUGCCAGAAACCCAUCUCUCUCGAGAGCUUUCCAUGGUACAGGAGCAAACUUCAAGACCAGUGUGUUGGGCAGAGGCUGUUUGCGUACAGCAGGAUGAACAGGCAACGUAACCUGUCUCUGAUCUCCUGGCAAGCUCCAUCUAGGACUCUAGCAAACCCCUGACUGCCAGGAAGUUCGACCUUUUAGUCUGAAUGGGUCUGACUGUACAUGGCAAAGCACAAAAGCAUGUACACCCUCUUUGUACUGGAAACCGGUAGGUCACAUUGGACUGGGAAUGAAACAGCUUGCUUCUCUUCCACUAACCUCACCCUGCGUGGCCAUGUGGGAUUCCACAGCUGGACGCCUCCUGAAAGAGAUUAUUUUUAACUAGCUCCUAUACGAAAUGUGCCUUCUCUUCUCUGGCUUGGAUUAUCCCCUCUCCUCUUGUUAAAUCUCUUUUUUGAAUGUUGUACAAGGACAGUUUCUAAGGGAUCUUGAUAUAAACUGUGAACUGGUGGCAUAAACCAGCCUUGAUUUAACGGUACAGCGAGGUCUGCCUUCCUCGCUACAUUAUGGAAGAAAGGCCUCUAAGGUCAUUUAACCUUGGUGUCUAUUGAUGGCGCCCAACUGGAAGAGCUGUCGUCCUUAUGGAUGAAGAUGAUAGAUGUUGGAAAGAUUUUCUGGACACCUGCCAUCCUUGAACAGCAAAAGAAUCCACUAUAGGAAUUGGGACUAUUUAUAGGAGAAAUGCUGCCAUGGGGGGAAUAAAAGGGGGGUGGAAAUAUUCAUAGCUGAAAGCAUGAAAAAGAAAUGCCUUAAAAAGUUGAAGGGAGGGUUAGAUGGAUCGAGCUAGAACAAGUCGCUCAGUUUGAUUGGGCUCAUUGACAACAGCCGGGGAGAUAAUCAGUCACUGUCCUGGCUCAGUGUGGUGCAAAAGCUCGUCUCCUCCUGUCCUAUUUAAGAAUGAAAUUAUAUUUUUAAUUGGAUAUUAUAUACUCUAACAAUCCAUUAUUAUGGAUCCUCACCGUGAUGCACUCUCAGCUUGUCCCAAUGUAAUUAUUUUUGGAGGGGAAAAAAGCAUAAAAAAUAAAUGCACAUUAUACAUC